UCGUGGGCUUGAUCCUCUCGCCGCUGCUGCCGCCUCCUCUGCCGCCGCCCUCGGUUGGACCUUGGUGGGGCACGAUGAGCGGCGCCGGGGACAGGGCUCCGGGAGGAGAUGCUGCCUCUCAGGCCGCGGGGGAACCCGGCCCCGCCGCCGCCAAGGGUCCCGGCGGGGAGCCCCCGCCCGCGAUGCUGAGCGUGGACUUGGCGGGGUUGUGCGCGCAGUUCGCCCGCAGCUUCGUGUUGCUGUUCCCUGUAUACGUGCUGGGCUACCUGGGGCUGAGCUUCCUGUGGAUACUGCUGGGGCUGCUGCUGCUCUUCUGGUGCCGGAGGAACAAGGGCCACAAGACCUCCCGCUUCUACCGGGCACUGGCCUUCCUGGAGAACGAGGAGCAGGCGGUGCGGCUCAGCAUCUGCACCUCUGACCUGCCCGCUUGGGUCCAUUUUCCUGACACUGAAAGAGCAGAAUGGCUAAAUAAGACUGUAAAGCACAUGUGGCCUUUUAUUUGCCAGUUUAUAGAGAAAUUGUUUCGAGAAACAAUAGAACCAGCUGUUCGGGGAGCAAAUGCUCACCUUAGUACCUUCAGUUUCACAAAGAUUGAUAUGGGUCAUCAGCCCCUGAGGAUUAAUGGUGUUAAAGUGUACACUGAAAAUGUGGACAAACGACAGAUUAUUUUGGACCUUCAGAUCAGUUUUGUGGGAAAUUGUGAGAUUGAUUUGGAGAUCAAGAGAUACUUCUGUAGAGCUGGAGUGAAAAGUAUACAGAUUCAUGGUACAAUGAGAGUUAUCUUAGAACCAUUGAUUGGGGACAUGCCAUUAGUUGGAGCUCUGUCCAUUUUCUUCCUCAGAAAACCUCUUUUGGAAAUUAAUUGGACAGGACUAACUAAUCUUCUGGAUAUUCCUGGACUAAAUGGCUUAUCAGAUACUAUCAUUCUGGAUAUAAUAUCCAAUUACUUGGUGCUUCCUAAUCGAAUCACAGUUCCUCUUGUCAGUGAAGUUCAGAUUGCUCAGUUGCGAUUCCCUAUACCAAAGGGUGUUUUAAGAAUACAUUUCAUUGAAGCUCAGGAUCUGCAGGGUAAAGAUACUUAUCUUAAGGGCCUGGUCAAAGGAAAAUCAGACCCCUAUGGAGUUAUUCGGGUCGGCAACCAAAUCUUUCAAAGCAAGGUCAUCAAAGAAAAUCUCAGUCCAAAAUGGAAUGAAGUUUAUGAGGCUUUAGUUUAUGAACAUCCUGGGCAGGAGUUAGAAAUUGAGCUCUUUGAUGAAGACCCAGACAAGGAUGAUUUCCUCGGAAGUCUGAUGAUCGAUCUGAUGGAAGUUGAGAAGGAACGCCUCUUAGAUGAGUGGUUCACUCUGGAUGAGGUCCCUAAAGGAAAAUUACAUUUGAAACUGGAGUGGCUCACGUUGAUGCCAAAUGUUUUGAAUCUUGAUAAGGUGCUAACAGGUAUUAAAGCUGACAAAAACCAAGCCAAUGAUGGCCUUUCUUCUGCAUUGCUUAUCUUAUAUUUGGAUUCAGCAAGAAAUCUUCCAAGUAAUCCAUUAGAAUUUAACCAUGAUGGCUUGAAGAAGGCUGCAGUUCAGAAAGCUUUAAAGUCUGGGAAGAAAAUAAACAGCAACCCUAACCCACUGGUCCAAAUAUCAGUUGGACACACGGCCCAGGAGAGCAAGAUUCGAUAUAAGACCAACGAACCUGUUUGGGAAGAAAAUUUCACCUUCUUCAUUCACAAUCCCAAGCGUCAGGACCUUGAAGUUGAGGUCAAGGAUGAACAGCAUCAGUGUUCCUUGGGGAACCUGAAGAUUCCUCUCAGCCAGCUGUUGGCAAGUGAUGACUUGACAAUGAAUCAACGGUUCCAGCUCAGUAAUUCUGGUCCAAACAGCACUAUAAAAAUGAAGAUUGCCCUCAGGGUGCUGUAUCUUGAAAAACAAGAAAGGUCUCCAGAUCACCAACAUUCAGCCCAAGUGAAGAGACCCUCUGUUUCCAAGGAGGGGAGGAAAACAUCUGUUAAAUCUCACGUCACUGCACCAGCAGUUUCUGAUUCCAGCAAAAUGGUCUCAGUCCCAUCAAUACCUGACAGUACGAGAAAGACUGAUGUGGAUGAAAAAGGUCAACCUCCUAAUGCUAGUCCUCAGUGGCCAUCUGAUCUCAGCCAAAGUUCCUCCAGCCUCCACACCUCCAAUGUCACCUCUUCCCCAAGCCACCUUUCCAUCAAGGAGCCCACCCCCAGCAUAGCAUCAGACAUUUCACUGCCCAUUGCCACACAGGAACUUCGGCAAAGACUUCGACAGCUUGAAAAUGGAACAACAUUGGGGCAGUCUCCCCUGGGGCAGAUUCAGUUGACAAUACGUCACAGUUCACAAAGAAAUAAACUUAUUGUGGUUGUGCAUUCCUGUAGAAAUCUUAUUGCCUUUUCUGAGGAUGGCUCUGAUCCGUAUGUUCGAAUGUAUUUACUUCCAGACAAGAGAAGAUCAGGAAGAAGAAAAACACAUGUAUCAAAGAAAACAUUAAAUCCAGUCUUUGAUCAAAGCUUUGAUUUUAGUGUUUCAUUACCAGAAGUGCAAAGGAGAACCCUGGAUGUAGCUGUCAAGAACAGUGGUGGCUUCUUGUCCAAAGACAAAGGGCUUCUGGGUAAAUUGUUGGUAUCUCUGGCCUCUGAGGAUCUUGCCAAAGGCUGGACUCAGUGGUAUGACUUGACAGAAGAUGGUACAAGACCACAGGCUGUAAAUUAGAUCUUCUUUCGACAUGAAGAAUUUCUCCUUGCAUAUUGUACUUAGCCAAUCUUUAUACACUUUGAAUGCAUCAUUUUCACAGAUGUUUCAAUAUUAUUUUUAUAGUUUUAUGUAUUUAGUUAUUACACACCCCAAAGGUUUUAUAAAUUUUAACACAUUGACAUUUUUUGCAGAUUUAGCCAGUUUUAUUGUUAAAUUUCAUAUUUUAAUUUACUCUAAUGUUUUGCCUAUUAUUAUAAUGUGCAAUAGAGUGGUAGAGUGACUUGUUGUUAAAUGGAAACAUUUGUCAUUUGUGUCGUUUAGAAAAUGAAUAUAUGAUAUGCUUUAUUACUGCCUUGUUUUGUAUAUCACCAAGGCACACUAUGCCAUGUAAAUAGACUUAUUUUUUAUAAUCUCUUCAUGCUGGUUUGAAGUCAGAUGAAAAUGGAUCAAGGGAAUAUAUAUAUAUUUUCUUCAAGUUCAUAUUAAAUUCUUGUGACAAAUAAUCCUUUUAUUUGACCUUUACAGCAAAAUGGUCUCAGUGACUUAUUUUGUGGGGUUUCUUUUUAAAAAAGAAAAAAAACUGAAAAGACUAUUAAAAUUACUGUUUUUCUUGUCCAUUGUGGCUUAAUGAAAGUGUACAAAAUAUUAACAUUUUUACAUUAAGUUCUAUUAUUGAAAAGUCAUGAUAAUGACUCCUAAGAAAAGUGUUUUUAGUACUAAGAAAUAUAAAAGUAUUAUAUUUGAAGAGACAGUUGUCAUGCUCCACAAAUCAUAGAGUACAGAAAAUUAUAGAGUGCAGAUCUGGACUUUCUUACAUAGAAAUGAAGACAUUUGAAUUUAUUUUUAAUUGCCUGUUUAUUGUAACUUAUUCAUGUAAUCUAAAACUUAGGUAUAUAUCAUCUCUUUCCUAAAAGAUGAGUAAAGCAGUUUUCCAUAUUAGAAAUUAAGAUGUCAAAAAUAAAUACUCAUAAAUCAUAUUAAUUUUCAUUGUUUUAACAGCCUAUUAAAAAGAGAUUUAUAAACUUAGCAAUGAAAAGCUGAGAAUAUAUAUUGUAAAAUGCUGAAUUCAAAGCUGAUCUUUCUCUUGACCCCACUUCAGUGAAGUGAAAAACGUGCUUUUAAUGAUAGUUUGUCCUGAGUUUAUAACAUGUAUCAGACAUUAUCACCAUUAAACUGAGACAUUAUUACAUUCUGCUGCUAUGUAGAGGUUACUGGAAUGACCAAAGGGGAUUUAACAUAGCUGCAGGGUUGUGACAAACAGCAGCUAUUGGCUAUAACCCAAAAUUUUAUUGCUUUCGUUAGUUUGGGUUAUGAACAUUGUUGCAUACAAAAUUUAGAAUCCUCUUUUAAAGACUUUGAAAGCAUAUUUCACACACAGGAGCCUGCUUAGGUGUGGAGGAAUAUGCUAUAUACUUCAUAUAUAAAAAGUAUGCACUUAGUUUAAAAAUAAAAAUUUUUUUAGUCAAGUGACACAAAUGACUUCGUUACCUAUGAGAAUAAGUUAAGGUUAAGUAAUAAAUUCUUUUAAAAACAGCUUUAUAAUGAACUCAGCUCAAGUUUCAUCAAACUCAACAACUUAUGACAGCUCACAUGACCAAACAUACCAAAGUGCCUGUUGUGGAUAUUAGAUUCCAGAACCUUCUAAUUUAACGUCACUUUUAGUUGAAAAUACUUUGAUUCCUGAGGUCUACUUAUAGUGGGAGUAAGUAUCUUCACUACUCAUUUUCACUCUGGUAAAAAUGAUAGUGCCACAGUGAAGUGAAAUAAUUGUGUUAUCCUUAAAUGAAAUUUCACUGGAAGACCUCAUCAUUAACAGGCUCCAAUGUGGAUAUGUGUCGUGUUGGUGACCAUUCCAAAAGAAAGUGUGUUUAUAUAUUCCGUAUAUAUACAUAUAUGUAUAUAUGUGUGUGUAUAUAUAAUAUAUAUCUCACAUAGCACGAGAAAGAUCUAUAUAUUAACCUGUUAAAAUCUAGUUGUCUAUCCAUGAUUUACUGAACACCACCUUUUUACAGUGAGUUCUGUUGCUGGGCCUCUGGCACAGGGAGGUAGGGAGGAAAAUGCAAUGCUUAUUACAUCACAGUUAUCUGGAUUAAAGUUCUGGAACAAUGGAAUUUUACAUAUAGUUAUUUGCUUCUUUACCUAAAAAAAAUAUGUAGUUUUUCUUUUUGGGACGAAGUGCUUCAUUAGAUUAUUUAGGACAGUAUAAAAGCAACUAGAGGGGGAGAAAAAUAUCGAGAGAGAGAAACAAAAGACAGAGGUGUAAAGCAGUUUGGCAGUGUUAUAUUUAGUAGCCUAGCCUGAGAGCCCAAUUUUGUGAGGCACAGUUCCUAUUUCUGUUAAUUAAGUACCCUAGGGUUGCUGUCACCAAGGAGUUUGACUCCAGAAUGGUUCGAGGGUUGACCCUUUAUCUGUAGAGUAUGAGAAUUCCAGUACCUGUCCUUAGUUGUUUAAAAGAAAAGAUGACAGCUUAAGGUGGAUGUUAUAGCAAAAAAAACAGUGGUAAGAUUAGGAACAAAAGGGGGAUGAUCUAGUAUGAAAUACUUGAAAGAUUAGGUUAUGGGAUGAUCAUGAAGACUAGAUUGUUAGAAUUAUAUUCUUAAUAGUGGAAAAAUUCAGUUUGUAUUAAUUUUUAAUUUUUGAUACAUGUGUUAAGUGAGUAGAGGACUUAACACUUUUCAUUUUGACAGGAAAAAAAAAUCUACUUAAAUGAGUUUCAAACAGCAAUUCUGGUUAGUUUGUACAUGUGGAUUGUAUAUCCUGUGCCUUAAAGUAUAAAGUGCAAAAGUAUUGUUGUUUUCAAUGUUUCAAAAAAAUUAAAGGAAAAAAAUUUUUUUUGUUGUACAUAUCACCAUUUAUAUUUUAUGCUAUGAAAAUUUCUACAAAAAUUCUCUUGCUUUGGUGAGAAGGGCUUUAAAAAAUAAAUUUUUAAAAAAAUCAGUGAAAGUGUAUUCCCAAUGUGAUUCAGUGUGGGUAGCACUUGUAAUUUGGACUAAAGUUGUUCUUUUUGUCACAAUUCCUUCUAUUUCAGAGUUGCAGGAAUCUGUAAAAUUAGAAAUCAGUGAAGAGUCUUUUUUUUUUUUUAUAGGUUAUCCUUUUUUGCUUAAGUAAUUUACAUGACAGUGCAUGUAUUUAUUCAAUAAAUGAUUCAUAUGGUGGAUGGUU